AUGGCUGCAGAUGCGUCGCAAAGGAAGGCUCUGAGAUACCAACAGACCCUGGUAGGUCUUUCUCAUAUCAUCCUGCACCUGCACCUGCCCGCCCGCCCGCCUGUCUGCCGUCUCUUACAAAUGUCCUUGUCAUGCUUCUCCACCUGCUUCUCCUUCAUCUUUCUAGCUACUUGUUUUCCAUCCAUCCUUCGCUGUUACUCAUUCACUCUCUAACCUUUCAGUUCUCCUCUUCCGCAACUCCUCUCGGGUCAUUUAUUUUCAUCAGCGGCAUUCUAGUCCACCAGCAGUUCUCUCUUUGUCUCCUCCUCCGUUAUGCUCACUUCUUGGACAAGAUUUAUGCAACUUAAUGUCAAGUUUAUUUGCGCAGCCUUCAGAAACAUUCACAGUCUGUGCCGGCUUCACACCGCCCACUCUGUGAAACACUGAAGGCGAUAAAUGGAAAGUCAUCCCUGCAGUAAUCAAGCGUUUUAUUACUUAUUUAUUUAUAUUUCAAGCUCUAAUCUUUUAUGUAAUCUUUAUUUUUUUUUAACUUUGCUUGGGAACAGUUUUUGGUUUGUGCUAUUUGCUCCUAAGCUGCAGCCUUGUAAAGUCAUUGCUGUUUUCAUGUGUUAGUGGAUAUAAAUACCUAUAUAUAGGAAACCUGAGCAGACAGGUUAGAAGUACAUGUCGAGAUGAAGUCAUGUCUCCAUAUCCCCCGCUUCAUCUGUUUAAAUGCUCAUCCAGUGUGAAGGACGUUCCUCCCAGGAGCAUCAUGUCUGCCUCUUUUUCUGUUUCAGUCAGACCUGCUCUAUGGACAUAUGACUCAGCAUCAGAUUGAUUUGAUGCAAAGUUACAGAUAAAGGUCAGUUGAAUGUGAGUUAUAAUACAAGAAAAUGACAGAUACAUGAGCAACAGAGUUUAGAGCAGCUGGGGUGUUUGUAUGUGUUAGAGCAGCCUGAGCAACCGACAAAGUGAGGAAGAGAGGUGACAGUGUCUUUCCUUCACCCGCAUGACUCCUCUGAGAGCGGCCCAAGUCAAAUCUCUGGUUCUCAUGAAGCCACCCUCUGAGGACAACUGGUCAGAUAUAAAUAAGAAAUCUCAAUCGUACCUACUGGCUUUAUGUCUCCAUGCAAAUCUCACAACUCAGAGGUGUGAAAACUGACGGAGUGUGUGUGUGAGGGAGAGGGAGAGAGAGAGAGAGAGGAAAUUAGAGCCUUAGAGGAUUUGAGGAGUUUAUGUGCAGAGCUGCUAAUAGAUCAUACAAAUAUCAUUUGUUUAUUGAUCAGUAGCAGUGUCUAUUUUCGGGUUAAAGUGUUCUCCAGGUGCUGUGAAGCUACGACUGCAGAAGAGGCUUAUUAGUAAAAGGGCUGAUCUUUGUUGGAUUAGUUCACACAUGUUUGAAGUAGUUCAAGUGGAACAAAAAUAUGUCCUAACUGCAUUUGAAGAGUAAAAAUCUAUAGUACUGGUUUGUUACACACCUAAAUGUAGCCUUGUGUGGUUUAAUGUUUAGCUUUAUUCUAACACAUUAAGAGACUGAAAAAUUAGUUGAUGAUUUACAAAUAUAAAUAAGACCUAUUAAAUGUCAGUUGAAAAUCAGUUUGACAAGAUCCCUUUGACAAGUCUGUGAAUAUUCUCAGUGGAUUUACUGGUGAGUAAUGUUUUAAUGAUAACUUUAUGGAAAUUGGGGAUUUCUUUGGAAGGUGAAUUAUUAUUAAUUGAAAGUUUUUUAAUUAAUCAAAAUAGUGCUGAGAUUGUUCAGUUUGCCUCAUUUGGACUUACUUAAAGCUCAUGUGAAAAACUCUGGGUUUGCAGUGAUUUUGGCUCCCCUUGUACCUCUUCUCUCUUCUCUGUUUUCAUUGUACAUGUGUUUUAUGUGUUUUAUGACAAAAAAACUUAUCCUGCUUUCUUAUGGCACUCAAAUCUCUCAAUCACGUCAAAUCUUUGCUUUGUAAAAUGUUAAAACAAAAAUACAGUUUGCAACCCCAUCUGACUUUGUAAGCCCCUCGCAGCAAUUUAAGAAGUCAGUACGAUACAGGAAUAAUGAAUGUUGACGCUGAUGUUUGCCUUUGUAGGUCAUAGAUAGACAUACUGUAGGUUGUAGUUAAAUUUUUAUUCAAAGCCAGCAAAAAUCUCCUCACAGGAGCUGUAAAGAAGGUCUACAUUUUCACAUUUUUAUAAAUUGCUGAAUUUUAAAAGUUGUCGGUACUUAGUCACAUUUUCAUUAUAUUUGAAAAUUACUUUGUUUUGCAUUUAAAAGCAGUUUUUAAUCCACAUUGAUAAAGUAAAGCAAUUCUUGCUAAUGUCUCUAUUGCAAUUAAAUACGCUUAAUGUUCUAAACCUUGAGAUCAGUUUUCCUACAGAUGCUGCACUUCAAACACCAGAGUGGAUUAGAACAUUGUUAGUGAACCCGAUCUCUUUGUCUUCAUCUUUUACAUCUUCCUCCUCUUCUUCAUUUUCCAACUACUGCAUUUCCCAUGGCCGCCUACAAAUCCAAAAACAAGUAUGGCCCUUACUAUUUUGUCUGUGUAGAAAUAGGGGGGUACAAGAUGGGAGACUCACCGAAACAGGAUUUUGUCUUCCAGGCAAUUAUACACUAAUCUAAACAUGCUUUAUACAUUUCUGCUAAGUCUGUUCUGCUAAAUGCUCCAAAAAGCUACACACUGUACCUUUAAUAAAAUAUGACACUAGGUUCGCAUUACUUUCCAUUUGUCAACUAAGCCUAAACUGGGAGCAUUUUUAUAGUGAUAUUAUGUACUACUUAUAAUCACAGUGGUAUUGCACCAACAGGAAGCAGGAAUAUCCUGCAGCAAUAUAACUACAGUGAGUCAAAAGGGACAAAAUAGCAAAUGGAAACAAAAAAGGGUUGAUCAUGUCCCUUAAUAAUAUUGCAAUAAAUGUGGUAAAGCUGACAGCCUUGAUUCUUGAGAAACAGUGAUCAGCUGAUGUGCAGCAACAACAACUAUAAUGAUAAAAAUGAUAAUAAUAAUAAUAAUAAUAAUAAUAAUAAUGAUCUUUAUUGAUAGAGUACUUAGCAAAGCAACAAAAAAAGGAAAAAAAUAAAUAAAUAAAACCAAUUGAACCAUUUUUAAUGGACAUGGCCAGCUUGGAUCAUAAUAUAAUUACCAUGUUUGAGGAAAGUCAGGUCAGUGUAAAAGACAUUCAAGGCUUUCUGAUUCAAAUAUGAAUGAGCGCGCUGAAUCAUUAAACCAACAAUAAUAAGAGGAAUAACUUUAUUGAUUCUCGAAGGGAAAUUCAACUGUCUGUUGUCUCAUUUGUCGUGUCUCUGAAAGUCAUCUACUAUUUACAGAAGAGUUGUACAGUCUGGUGGCUGUGGGUACAAAAGAUCUUAUAAAUCUUUCUGUCCUGCAGCGAAGAGAGAGGAGCCAUCCACCACCAUUGGCCCUUUGGUGCAUUAAAGUGCUGUGAAGUGGGUGAUCCCUGUUCUUUAGAAUAGAAAGAUACUGUCUUAAUAAGAUACCACAUCUUUGUUUUUGUUGCAUGGCCGACACUUAAGAACAACAUUUCAGUCACAGCUGACGCUCUCAAAAACUUUCUGUUGGUGGUGUUGCAUAUUCAUGUUCAGGAAACUCUCGGAAAUCCUUGAGAAAUAGUUGACCUUAAAAAUAAAUAACUGAGGUCCACUUAGCAAGAUUUCCAAAGAGGAUUCUACCUCAGCCUGUCAGCCUCUUCUGGGCCGCAGAUCACCUCAGCAGUGAAUGCUCGCUGGGUUUGUAAAGUUGUGUUAAUUGCUUCCAAGUCACACGGCUGUUGUUGACCUCCGACCUUAACAAGAAGGAAGUGCCCUCAGUGGAUUUGUGUGACACUGACAGAAGGCUGCAAGAGCAACGAGCUGUGUGUGUGCGCGCAUACCACAUGUUUGUGCUGCCUUUUAUAAUCUAGCGAGUGUUACAUUUUAUCCAGAGGAUAUGGUUAAAAAGUGAGGUUGUAUGAGGAGACGGGUUUUGGUUUGUGCGAAUGUCAACAGCAGUGAAAUAGAUCUCAUAAGUCUCAAAUGUUACAGGCUACUAAAAGGGAUUAUGUUCACCUGGCAAAUGUCUCACGGUCUGGAAUGACUGGGAUGUAGACGAUUAAGCCAUUAAAUUUCAUACGAUAUCACAGUCACCUGACGCGUCUUAGCGGUUACAGAGGUAGCUUCAAUGUAAUCAUGAAAUUGUUAGGAGUCGCAUCAAUAGCUACAAAAUGAAACACCUUGUAAACACUGUGAAAUAGUGUCAAUAACUUAUCAUUGUUUUGUGCAAAGGUUAAAGCCCCCCCAUCUGUCUGAACGACAGCCCUCAUGGGAGAGAUGAGCUGAAAGAGACAAACAGAGUGAGAGGGAGAGGUGCGGAGAAGUGUGUCAGUGAACAUUGGGUCACACUGCUGCUAAAUUUGUCCACGAGUAAGGUUUCACCUCAGGGGCGGGGGGGUUGGAUGGAUGGGGACAAGGGUUGGUGAGGGGAAAGUUUCAGGGGGAAGAGUGAAGGAGGAAGGUGCAAAGCUGCACUCAAGGGUUCAGCCAUAGGUGAGAAAGAUUGGAAGGAGAAGUAAAAGGAAGGCUGUUUGUGGCAGCGCUGGGCAGAAAAGUAAGAUCUCUAAGGUGUGUUGGACUCCCAGAGCUUCACAAUCAGUAAAACAGAAAAAAAAGUUUCAUUUUCCUAAAACAUCUCAGGGCACAGAAACAUUCACUCAUGCACUUAAGCUUUGACCAAAACUAGAAGGUAAAUUUGAAUUUUCAUCAAAGUUCGAGAAACUUCAGGUUUUUUCCCACCUCCUUGUGGAGUUGCACAGGUAUGCUUUCCUGCUUUGUAUUCAUCGAAGACCUGCAUUUUUGGGAUAAUACCCUGGUUCAAAAAAAAUGUGGCUGAAUAUUUUGGACACUUUUAGUCAGAGAUGUAAUUUUGCUUCUUUGUUAGAUAGUUUGGUUGCCUGUUUUCUAUUCAAGCAAACACAGAAACUAGAAAUCCAAUCUUGAAUAUCUGGAAGAAAAGCUCAUUUUGUCGCUGCACCAAACUGCAUUCAAAAGCGAUGACAAUUUGCAACAGCUGCGCGCCUUUUUCACGCUAUAAACUUAUCUCAGAGAAAUAAAGAUAAGGUCUGAAAUCAGCAAUCAAUCCUCUUAGGCACUGAUAAAACAACAUGCCGUUUUGUAGUUCAGGUUUCAGCGCCCUGGUAUAAUGCAUGUUGGCUCACUGGCUUUGCUUGCCAGGACGCUGAGAGGGGGCAAAGCAGGAAUAAGCAGUCACAGCUGUGCUUUCGAGUAAUAUGAUUCAGGUAUGACCAGAGGCCUUUGCAGCCUGUCAUUCCCUUUCUUUUACUGUAUUUCCAUCACAUCUUUUUAUUGACACUUUAACCUUUUGGGGCUUUUCAGGCUGAAUGGAGCAGAUGCAUUUUUUUUUCUACCUGCUUAAGUCACUAACAGGAGGUCUGAAUCAGUUACCCUAUUGCAAAUUAAGGUAAAUUCAGACAUAUUAAAGAUCACUCUGACGAUGAAGGGUUAAUACUAUAAUAUGUUAUAUUUCGAUGAUCUGUUAUUUCUUUCCUGGUCAAAAAUAUAUUUGUGCUCAUAAACAAAAAACUAUGACACUGUAAACUGAACUGGAGCCUAGUCAGGCUUUAGUAUAGCAUGCUAUCUAUGCAGAAGGCACUUAAAGUACAGUACAGUAUUAUCCAGCCUGUCCCAAACAAUGUUAAUAUGGUUAUGGUCUCUGCUCACUCAGCAGGUAUCAUAUUCGUACCUUAAGCUUGAGCCCUGCCUGCCUGCUGGUAUCAUUUAUGAUCCGGCUGCAGGACUCUGCUAGAUUGGCCUCUGGACCGAAAAUCCACCCAACUGAAUUAAGAGCUGCUGACAAUUUAUUGUCAAGCCUCAAGUGUCUGUAUUAACCUCUACAGCUUCCCCUUCACUGUGUGUGUGUGCAUGCAAACGUGUGUGUGUGUUCGUGCAUGUGUGUGUGUAUGUGUGUAUGCCCUGGCCAUACCUGUGGGUCACUGAGGUCUGUACUGUAUGGAGGCAGGUAGCAGGUACAGUCUGAGUCCGUCACACUGGUCAAAGACAGAAAAGGACAGAUGUAAGAUAAAGAUAUCAACAUAAGGUUUAUUAAAGACGCACAGGAAGAAAGAGAGCAGAGCAGAGAGCUGCUGGAGGAUCAGCUGGAAAGAUGAGGGAGCGAAUCAACACUUUUGAAACUGUUCUGAAUAUUGAUCAAUUUCUGGUAAGAUUAAUCAUCUCUUAUUUGAAGUGUUUUCUCUCUGAUGUUUGCCUGGUUAUUGUAAGCCAAGUUCAUUAAAUAGAUAUUCAUUUACUGUUUUAAAAUGUACUUUAAAAGUGACAUUUCAUGUUGCGGCAUAAAUCAUUUUUUAUUACAUGUGAACUACUUCAAGGAGGGAUUUAUGCAGGUGUUUUUUUACUCCAGUACUUGGUGUAAAGUCGACUCAUUCAUAAAACAUGAAUCAGUUUGUUUUUUUCUUUUAGCCUUAAUUAGAACAUGGCACCGUGUAUGGUGUCUAGACAAGGCAUAGAAAUGUCUUUGUGCUGCUUAAUUAGUGUAUUCAUAUGGAGAGACGAGUGCUUGUGAAGCGUGUGUGAGCGUGUGCACUAACAGAGCAAGUUGUGUGUGUGUGUGUGUGUGUGCGUGCGUGUGUGUCAAGGGGGGGGUAAUCUCCUGAUCUCUCUGUCAGUGAGUGGGUCAGAUUUUAUCAUUAACCUUGUGUUAUGGGACAGGCCUAUAUUGUUGUAAGGCCUCACACACACACAGACAUUAAUCUAGCAUGCUCAUAAAAUGCACAAACACAAACUUUGCAUGCUUAAGGAGCAGCGUAAACACUCAGACAUAUUUAUGAAUAUGCAGUGCUGACUCUCUCUCAUGAGGGGCACAGGAAUGCGUGAUUAUUUUUUUAAUUAAGUCCCAAAGUCACACUGCCCUUCAACCCUGGCGUCUAUUGGCAGCUCUCACUAAAGCUCUCCUCUUUUUCUCCCCGCUGGCCUGAUUAUGUUUUUGUUGUUUUGUCUGUUUUCGCCUCUGAAAUUUCAUGUGUUUUACAGUCAUGCCACCUCGUUCAAGUGAGCUCAUAAAGGGCAGCUCCAUGGAUGAAUUCACAGCUCUUUGACAGCUGAACCAGCAUAAUUCAUCACAGGCUUUGUAUUCCUAACAGACCUGAGGGAGGAAUGGUUUGCAUUUUUCCAUUUUCCUCAUCCUAAGAGACUCGCAAUGCGCACAACAUUAGAAGAUGUAGCUCUAACAGCAAAGCACAAGAAGUGUAAUAAUGAGUUGUGCGAGUGUCAGAGCUGCACAGUAACGCUUGACUACUUUCAUGUGCCCGCAGAGACGGGAAAGUGCAGGAAAAUAAUCAGGGCCACCAGGGGAGGUGGAGAGGAACUUGCUGAGAGUGAAUUAGUGUGAACAGAGAGGAGGUAUGGGGCUGAUGUUUCCUCCUGUGCUCUUGUUUUGGAGUGGGAAGGUCGCUCCCCCAGUUAGAGAGUCAAAUAGUGGCAGCUGGAUGUUCAAAAGCGUGUGAAAGUUGGGAAGUCCUGGUUGCUGAUGUCAUUCUAUAGUACAAGGUUACGUGGUGGCUCUACUGUAGACACAAGGUUGAGAGAUGAAGACAGAAAAGUCAUCAGACAUGAAUUUAUCUGAGCUUCCAAAGCCUCUCUCACGCUGUCAGUUGUUUGUCCUCUAUUGCCUCCAUCUUACCUUGUGAAAUUGAUUACCUCUCCGAUGAGUCAGCUGUUAUGAAUACUUUUAAUGGUUUAUAAGGAUUGUUUUAGAUCCUUAUAAAUGCAUUUAUUAGGUUUUAUAAAUGUGCUAAGAUGCAUUGUAAGGGGCAGAUUUAUAUAAAGUAUAACCACAAAACCUCGACCUUUUUGUUUAAAACUGGAGUAAUGUGAGAGAAAAAAUUUGGGGUAACACUUUACUUGACGCCUGUCUCUAUAACGCAUUAUAAAUAUAUGUAUAAUGCAUUAUAAUCACGUUAUAGAACUGUAUAACUACAGUUAUAAACACUCAUAAAUGAUCAUAAUGCUUUAUAGCAGUAAUCAUAACACACUAUAAAUCAUUUUAUCAUGACUUAUAAGGUCAGGUAUUAUGAUGUGUUAUAACUGUUAACAACUCACUGACAAUGCCUACAUAGAUAAUGCAAUAUACAUGUAUUUAUUAUGUGUUAUAACUAUCUUAUAAACUUGUAUAACUCUCAGUAUAAACACUUAUUAAUUAUCAUAAGGCUUUAUAACAAUAAGCAUAACACAUUAUAAUACCUGACCUUGUAAGUCGUGUUAAAAUGCUUUAUAAUGUGUUUUGAUUAUUGCUAUAAAGCAUUAUGAUCAUUUAUGAGUGUUUAUAACUAUAGUUAUACAGUGCUACAACGUGAUUAUAAUGCAUUAUACAAAUAUUUAUAAUGCGUUAUAAAGAUAGGCACCCAGUAAAGUGUUACCAAAUUUUGUAACAAAAAUGAAGUUAAACAUCAGAGGAAUGAAAAAAUAGUUUAAAAGGAGAAAAUAUAUACUCCUGAUGUCUUGUGCUCCCAAGCUCGACAUCAUCUUGUUUUGACAACAGAGAGAAAGUUAAAAAGUUUUUAUAUCACAGCGAUGUUUUUCUUAAUGUCAAACACUCAAAUUUUGAUCAACAAAACAAAACCAUCGAUUUAUACUUUACUGUAGUCAUUUGCCCUGAAAUUUGUUUGCAGCUUUCCUAACUCUAGACUUUGAUAUCAUAUUCAUAGCUGAGCUAAUUCACUUCCAUUAAAACUGCAUUUGUAAUAUCAACCUGUCUUUCUUUUUUAACUACAACACAGUCAGUAUGAAUCUCAACAUAAAUCCUUAGAACAUUGGGUUAUCUCUGAAAAGAACAUUAAAGGUUCAGGUUUAUACUCAUGCUGGAACAACCGAAAACUGACAAAUACAUGAUCAGAAAACCGCAAGAAAGUGUUCACGAACAAUUUUGGCUUUUUUUGAGUAUAGUCCUUUGGUUUAUUUGUUUCACUGGUGGCAGAACAAGGUUUGGCAAAGUCAAAUUUAAGCUCACCAAUCUUGUGAAUGCAGCACAGGUCAAUGUUGUUCCUGUCCCUGGUUUUGAUGGGGCCUGGUGCCAGGGUCUGUUUGAUGAUGUUGAUGAAUGGGGCUUUGGUGUUAAUGUGUAGUGCGGCGGUGGUGCUGAGGUUGUCUGCAGUGUGAGACAGGAGACAGAACACGAGCAGAGCUGCUAACUCAUCAUGCUCAGGACACCUGAUGAGGACCAGGUAAAGACCUGAGGACCAGAGGCCGCUCACAGGGUGGAGGGUGAUGCUUUUAUUCUCUGUUAGAGGGAGUUCAUGACACUAUCCAGUGUUGCUCUGUGCAGUUUGAUUUCACGUCCACAAGAAGGUCUGUUUGUAGAUUGUAAGACUUCUAUUAUUAUAGUAUUACUAUUAAACUGUACUUUUUUAAAGUAAUGAUGAUCAGAGAUUUAUUACUUUGUAGACAUAAACAUGUUAUUAACAUUUUAAAAUAUAGAUCCAUCUGAUCUUGUCACUUUUUUUAACAAAAUACCCACCUGAGUUUUCAGAAUGACUGGAAAAUGAUGCUGGUAAAGUAAUAAUUAAAUACAAAAUUUUUUUUAAUCAUCUUCAAAUGCUCUCCUGAUACCUAUGAUUCAAUCUCUUUCUCACGAUGGCCAGCUACAGUGGCGACAGACUAAGCUGAAACAAAUGAAGGUUAGCUUCAACAAGCUGUUUCAUGACACAGAUUAUUAAAACCGUAGGAGUUUGGACUGCUUUGUAUGACUCAGGUUGCCUGUUAGCUCAGGUUCAACUGUAGCUUAACAAACAUUAUUUAUUUCAUUAAAGCAUUCUUAACAUGGUAGUACUUUAAUUAAGCGGCACUGACAGUUUUCUGUUCACAGUUUAAAUUCUGUCCACCUGCUGAUUAGUGGAUUCAUGUUUUAAUGAUGAGCGUCUUUAUUAGGCGUGUUGUCGUGGUUCAUGUUUUACAGUAAAGUUAAGAGUCUGUGCUCUUACAUACAGAUUAAAACCAGCUAUGCUAUCUCAUACUGUGAUUUUUUUCCACAUCAAAUGAUUGUAUAGAUUGGUGCUGAUCAAUUAUGGGCACUCAGCUGAGCUUAAGUUCUGGUUGGAUGGAUAUGUGAGCUUUUAUUUUUUUAUUUUUUUUGCUUCCUGUGAACAUGAGACAGCAGCAAGCAGCCCUCUGUGUGAUUUAGCUCCUUGCUUGGCAGCGUGAAGGUUGCAUAUGAUCUAAUGGUUUGAGUUGCAUAUUACAGCUGCACCUGGAUCUGCAGCAUUUUACAGCUUCUUUGGUUCUUACGAGUGCAGCGCAAACUGAUCACACUGGAUUAUAGAGGGCUGGGUUGUCUGACCGUGCUUGUGUGUGUGUGUGUGUGUGUGUGUGUGUGUGUGUGUGUGUGUGUGUGUGUGUGUGUGUGUGUGUGUGUGCGUGUGUGUGCGUGUGUGUGUGUGUGUGUGUCUGGAAAGAGGAAGAUGAGGAAUGUCUUCUCCUCCGGGGUCUCUUCCUCUGGCUCCUCUCCAGCCCUCGCCUCCUCUGAGGGAGGGGUUUUUCCAAUCUCCAUGCCCGUUUUGUCUAUUUCUGUAUGCCAGGGUAUUCAGGUUGGUGUGUAUCCCUUACACACACGCCGCACAUUCCCCACUGCUUUCUCGUUAUCUCAAGACUCUUCACACUGGAUCUAGUUUUACCCCUCUCCUAAGUCUCGGUUGUCAUCUCUCUCCUCUUCCCGUCCCCCCUCCUCCCAUCUGGCCUUUUGUUUACCUUCUCCAAACAGUGUGUUGUGAUUUUUCUGACUUUUUGUGUCACAGCGGUUUUCAGUAUUUUCUCCUCUCUUGCAGCUGUACGGUGAGUACAGGGAGCAGCUGGGAAACUUUGCCCGACGGGAGGCUGCCCGUUUGCUGACAGAGAGACAAUGGAGGAGACAGGCUGGGGAAAACACUGGCGGCGCUCGCAGAGGCCUCGGCCGACGGCAUCAUCAUCACCACCCUGUGACCUUGGAGUCACAUCAGAGCCACGCCUCUACUACCCAGAAGCCUCGUCCCUACUCCAAAUGCCAAGGUGACCUACAGAGAAGGGGAGUUAUUUUGUUAAAAAUGUUUAACAAAAGAUUUUCUUAGAAGUCUAAGACCAAGACCAACACUUUCUAUCAUCAUGUGUUAGCGGUUGCCAUGGCAUCUUAUAUUCUGACCAAGAAUUAGAGGUGGAAAUUAAUAAAAUACCUUUAAUUCGCCAUUUCAAGGUAAUGGCACUUCACUACCUUGAAGUGUCAGGCAGCAGCAUCCAUCUGUUGGAUCCAGUUUCUGGUUACUUUACACAUCGUGAUUUUACAUGCAACAUGAUGAGCUCAUAAAAUUUGAUGCACUGCUUACGGUUUAAUAAGAGUGUCAUGCAGAAUAUGAUGCAGUCAGAUUUAGUAACAGCUGGUUUUAGGGAUGUAGUCAGGAUUUAAGACCGCCUUCUUUAAUGUUUAUCUGCCAAAUAAAAAAAGGACGUGUAGUUGAUGUGAUUUUCCACCAUAGCAACACAGAAAUGUCAAUUUCCUACCUUACUAUCAACAUCUUUAGAUUCAAGGGUGCGUGGACCCUGCAAUGAAAACCAAAAAAAAUAUAUACACACCAACACAACAGUAAGCCUGCACUCUGAAAAGGAAAAUGAAUACAUACGUACGUGAUUAAAAAGUUGCAAUAUGCAUUGCAAACAUCCAUACAGUUACUGCAAACAUUAAAAAACGUCUCAUUAACUGUGUAUAAAUAAUAGAGCUACACAACUGAUCUCAUCUACAUCUACAUCUACAAGUCCUCGUUUAUCCCAAUAAAUCAGAAAACGUUUAUGUAAAUAAGAUCAGUUUUUCAAUCAGAACACACACAGUUUUUAUUAAACAGAGACCUGUGUACAAUGGUUAUACUUUCAUACUAUUUAGUUUCAAGCUAAAUAAUCUACUCUCAAUUAGUGCAGAUUUAGCGGUGGGAAAAAGUGCAGGAUUAUUGUGUAAGGUAUGAAAAACAGCAGACGGACAAAGUAAUUUCCUAAAAUUCAAUCUGUAAUAUUUGUCUCAUCAUCCCACUUUAUAACAUAAUUGCAGAUUUAAUCCUAAAUAACAAACUUUCUCAUAUCAUGCAGGCCUCAUGCUUGUAUGUUGCUCCACUUAUAUGGAUACUAUGUUGGAUGAAGGGUUGACUCUGAAUCCUGCAUAAUGUGGUUGUGUUGUUUGGGGUGUUUCACAGUUGUUUUCACCUGAAGUAGAAAGUCUUCACUGAGAGCCUUAAAGUAGAAAAGAAGACCUCAUAUCUCUAUAUUCUAUCAUUUUGAUUUUUAGGUAUUAAUCAAAAAUAUUCAUCUCACUUUGUACCUGUAAAGAUUAGAUUAGAUUAGAUUAGAUAAGAUUAGAUAGACUUUAUUAAUCCUUUAAGGAAAUUUCCCUCAAGGAAAUUAAAAUUCCAGCAUCAUCAGUAUGUACAGAAAAAAAGAUCUGAAAAGUCAAAUAAGUAAAAAUACAAUAUAUAUAAAGAAUAACGACAUAAGAAGACUUCAGAUAAAUCAAGUGUUUACAUUUAAAGGGAAGGAGCAGUCUGUCACUGACGGUUGUCUGGUUGAUGAUGACGGUGUCCAGAGUGUGACUGGCAGCGUCCAUAUUGUCCAGUAGUUUGUCCGUCAUCCUCUUCUCUGCCACCGUCACCAGAGAGUCCAGCUUCAUGCCGACCACAGAGCCAACUCAUCUUAUCACUUUUCAAGAGGGCUUUCAAACAUUUAAUAAACAAAAGUAUUUUAAAACUGUUUUUUUUUUAUCUCAUGCAGCGUUGAGUUAGGUGAAAAAUGUAGGGUGGUUUUUAUUUCCUGUAAAUUGUGGUUUUUGAGAUUUAAGGUUUCUGCCCGACAGCAACGAUCUGCUUGGCAUUCAUGUGGUUGAGUCAUGCAGCUGCAGUCCACAGACAUGGAUAUUCAAAGACUUCUAUGUAAAUAGAUAACAUGCUGCAAAUAUUAGAGGGCAUAAUGAUGGAGAAGUGGGGACAGAGGGAUUUGUUAGACUUGUUACACGAUGAGAAGAAAAACGAAUAUUAUGUUUUAUUGACUCGCUUCCUUUUCUUUGGGGAUUUUUAAAUGGCAGCAGACGUAUUUCAUUCAUUCAUUCGACAGGUAGUUUGUAAAUAUACUAAUCUUAUUAGAUUGUUUUUUGAAUAAAGUCAAGUAAAUCAUUAAUACUUUAAGGCAGUCAUACCACAUGAUAUCCCUGAAGAAGGGAUAUGGCAAAUAUGCACAGACAUACAGUAGACACAGCAGCGACAGGGUGCAGCGAGUACAGCAGAAACAUUAAGUACAGCGAUAGACCAUUAACAUGUAGAAUUAUUUAAUAUCACAAGCUGUACAUACAAUCCCCAUUAAGGUGGUUUAGUGUUCUGACUAGAGCCAUUACUGGCCAAGGUUAGUAAUGGCUCAUCAUAAUGUGGCAUCAUGUUUAGUAGAGAUGUAAAGCUCAGAGUUGCAUGAAUGUUGCAUCAGUGAGUGUGUGGGCUGACAAUUUUAUGCCCAAAGUAUCACGGUUAAUAAGCAGGUAAACAUUCAACUCUAGAUGACAUGAGAUGAUGAAGAGGAAGAACUCCCCCUUCAGAAAAAAAUCUGGGGUUAAAGUUAGAGUAAGUUUGUCAUUUUUGAUGAGGUGAUAUGAAGUUGUGUUUCUUUAUUUAAUUGAAAUGGUGGCUAACACUUUACUUGACGCCUAUCUCAAUAACGCAUCACAAACAUAUGUAUAAUGUGUUAUAAUCACGUUAUAGCACAGUAUAACUAUAGUUAUAAACACUCAUAAAUAUUUAUAAUGCUUUAUAGCAAUAAUCAAAACACAUUAUAAAGCAUUUUAUCAUGACUUACAAGGUCAGGUAUUAUAAUGUGUCAUAACUGUUAACAACUCACUGAUAAUGCCCACAUAGAUAAUGCAUUAUACAUAUAUUUAUGAUGAGUUAUAAUUUGCUUAUAAACUUGUAUAAGUAUUAUUAUAAACACUCAUUAAUUAUGAUAUGGCUUUAUAGCAAUAAGCAUAAGUCAUGAUCAAAUGAUUACGAUCAUUUAUGAGUGUUUAUAACUAAAGUUAAACGGUGCUAUCAUGUGAUUAUACUGCAUUAUACAUAUAUUUAUAAUGCGUUAUAGAGAUAAGCGUCAAAUAAAGUGUUACCAAAUGUUGUUUUAAGUAAUGAGAAGGACCAAGAAAAGAGUUAUUUGUAUCAUAUUACUGAAGUAUAAUAUUCACGUAUGACGCUGGCCUUCAGUUUUUGCUGGUUUAAAAAACUGUAAAAUCAAUCGGUAACUCCUUUGCCCUUGUCCCAUUAAGAUAAAGCAGAUGCAUAUCUAAUAAAAAGAUUUGAAAUCAUCAAAUUGUAACAUGUUUUAAAGUUUCGACUUCAUGGAUUAACAUGACUCAAACCCUCCUCAAAGUCAGCGUAUCUUUAAAAUAGCAUGAGAUGCUACUUUACCAGGUAUUUUUUGUGUUUCUUCUUCAACAGCCUUAUAAUUCAGUGUUAAAAUUUUCUAUUAUGUUCUUUUUGCAGGGAACAAAUCCAUUAGUAAAUGCCAAGCUCUGUGAAUCACUCUGAUUGUUCUGCACAUUGUACGCACCUCUGUGUUAUGCUAAAACAUUAUUGCUGCGACCACAGUCACAGCGACUGAUUCCCUCUCAAGCAUGGCUACAAUAGCUAACUGUCAGUAAUUAAAUCAAAUGAUAAACGAUUCAAGAUGAGUCAUUAAUUUAAUCCCUCUGGCCCAGAUUGUUUGGCUCGUGUGCGGCGGUAUAUUGUGAACAAGAUGGGGGAGGACUGGAUUUUCCUGGUUUUACUGGGACUGACAAUGGCUCUGGUCAGCUGGAGCAUGGACUACACCAGUGCAAAAAGCCUACAAGGUAUCAUAAGCCAUGAACACAGAGUAUAGCUGUUACAUUUGUACUCUGAGGAUUCUCCUGUUUUUAAUUAUUCCAUUUAUUCUCUUGUGUGUGAUGCACCUUCCCUGCCCUCUUUUCUCUAUUUUUGUCCUACUUCUCUCCUUCAGCCUACAAGUGGAUGCACGGAGAGCUUAAGGGCAAUGUUGCGCUCCAGUACCUCGCGUGGGUGACUUAUCCCAUGAUCCUUGUCAUGUUUGCCUCACUUUUCUGUCACCUGGUUUCCCCACAGGCCAUUGGUAAGCUCUCCGUCCCCUGUCAGACUCUGUCAUACUCACUUAGCAGCUCUAUCAUUCCUUUUUGUCUUUAUUUAGUUACAUUUGAAAUCUCUUUUGUUGAUUUGCUGAAUUUCUUGUCUUUUUUUCCCCAGGCUCUGGUAUCCCCGAGCUGAAAACCAUCCUGAGAGGUGUGGUGUUGAAGGAGUAUCUGACCCUCAAAGCUUUUACAGCUAAAGUCAUCGGGCUGACUGCAGGCCUGGGCAGUGGUAUGCCAGUGGGGAAAGAAGUAAACAAACACCUUUUUACAUCUCUCUUCUAUUUGUUUGACUGUAUACUUUCUGUUUUAUAAUACCACUGUUAUCCUCCUUCUUUCCUCUCUUCAUCACUAUUUGUUCCUUUUCCAAGCUUGGAGGAUGAUAAAUCGUCUCAUGUCAUGUUUUUCUUCACUCCCUCCGCUUGCAGGACUAAAACAAAUUAUUCCUCCACAAAGGAGUCGAUUCAUUUUUCCUAUUACUGAGGCAGUGCAGCUGUCACAUCCCACAAUUAAACAGUGAUUUAUCUGUUCUGAUAAAACUUGUCCCACUUUAGACUUCUGGUUUUACAGACAAUAGUCAGUGUCUGUGUGGAUAAACAUUACUUGUCACCCAUCUAUGUCAGUGAUUUCCUCCCGUCACCUCCAGGGUCCAUUUGUCCACAUUGCCAGCAUCUGUGCCGCAGUGCUGAGUCGGUUCAUGUCCAUCUUCUCUGGAGUUUAUGAGGUAAGCCGAGGCCCUGACCAAAACAGACACUAUUACUCAAAAGCCUCAUCUGUUGAAUGCACUAACAAAGACAUGAUUUUUUGUUGUCUUUGCUGAUUUUUGCUUUGUCAAACUGCUCUUGAUUUGCACGUACAGUAAACAUUCAUAGUACACUGACCUCUCCUCUAGCACCAUCAUCAGGUCAAAAUUUUAUUUGGUUCAAGACCAAGGACAGUCAAAAGUGAGAGCUGUUAAAUUAAUCUCAGCUGUAAUUUGGAUUCACUCGCAAUCUUUGUAUGCUAACCAAACAUGGCUGCACAAGGUAACUAUUAUGCCAGCAUAGCAUUGCAUCUUGAUGCUCCUUUGCAAGUUUGAUAAGAAAUCACAUGAAAACAAAAUCACCAGGAUAGAGAUUGAAAAAAAAAAAAAAAAAAGCUUUAGCCCUUUAACGCCUGACACCACAAAUUAUGGCCAGAAAAUUCACAUUUUUUUGGAGAUGAAAUGUUUAUUUCACUUACUACUGAAAAGAAAAAAAAAUCAAAACGUUCUUAAAAUUUAAAAAAUAUAUUUAUUUAUCUUGUUUGAUACAGUAGAUGUUUUCGUAAACUAAUAAACUACAAGAAGACAUUUUUAUCAUUUUUCAGACUGUAUUCAGGUGUUUUUUUUAGUAAUUUGUUGAUCAUAUUGAUUUGAUAGAAGUAUAUAAAAGUAUGUAUCAAAUAUAAUACAAAAGGACUGAAAGGGUUAGUAUUAGUAGCUGUAGCCUACUAAAUCUGCCAUUGACAGUAUUUCAGACGACUUUCAACGAGAUAGAGCCGUAAAAAUUCAAUCUUAACACUCCAGCUUAGUUGAAUUGUACUUCAGGUAGCUGUGAUAUCAAUACUGUAACUAGUUUUGGCUGGCGAGAAAAAGCUUAAAACAUAAUGUGCUUCCUAAAAAAACAAACACUGGACUCCUUUUUCUGUUCAAGACACUUUCAAGUAGAUGUGCUAGCAACUUGUUUUUCAUGAGACAGCUGUUCCUCCUUAUCAUGUUUAAUCAAAAUUAGUCUGUAACUGAGUAAAUGCCUUUUUUUCCAGCCUGUGUGAAUGUUUACUGUGUGUAAUCUAUCUUACACUUCAUUUAAUGUUAGAUCACAAAUUAUGGUUUAGAAGUGCUAAAUGCGUUAAAUUUGAGUCGUUUUAAUUGAUAAUAAAGUUCAUUGAAUUUGACGUCAAAGUGAACUUGGGAAUCCUGUGAUUGUUGUUCUCCCCAAUCUGUUGAUCUUCCCCAGCUCACACCCUCUCCACCCCUCCCUUUCUCCUUUGAGUCUUUGUUUUGGCUCGCCCCCUCGCACCUCCUCUAUGUUUGUGUUUCACUGUAUUAAUAGUGUGAUGGUAAUGUCUGGCAUGUGUAUUAACAGUAACCUCCCAUAUCCCUGUCUCCCUCUUUCCCUGCUCUCUCCCCUUGGCUUCUCCAAUUCAUCCUCGCUCAUUUGUGUCGCCUUGUUUUCCCUCCCCUAUCUGUCUCCACCCUUGAACCUUAACCCCAGAAUGGCACCCACAACCAGGACCUGUUGGUGUGUGCGUGUGCUGUGGGAGUGGCCACCUGUUUUGCAGCUCCCGUGGGAGGCAAGUGCUGCCCUGCUCCCCUGAUUUGCUGAGGUCUCCACUCAGCCUUGUCCUCCUGAAAUAACAUCAAUAACAUAAACAUGGAGAUUAAGUCCGACCAGACCAGACAGUGUUGUGCAUUACAAGUGAUGGAAAAGCUGAUAGAUGAGCAUUAACCUAUCAAUAUUGUGGCUGAGUCAUUUGAACAAAAAGUUAAAUUGAAUCAUUAAAUCGUACUGAAAACAAUUUUCCACUUUCCGACUGAAGCUGAGAAGACAAGUAUAUCAGUCUAAAGAUCUAAAUUAUAAGAUAGAGCUAGCCUGACUCUCUUGACAACUUAAAAAAAUAAAAAGGAUCUGUCAGCGACUCUAAAACUAAAAAUAAUACUUAUAUGUUUUAUAUUGUAUUUAUGUUUUUAAAUAAAAUUGAUGUGUGUUAUAAGUUACAACCACUGACUUUAUAUAAAGAUGGAAGAUGCAUCUUAACCUCUUCCUGUCCCUUAAACAUACUACCUAAAUACCCCCUCCUGUCAGGCGCUGAUGUACCGUGCAUCUGAAGCCAGAGUGUAAGCACCAAAGAUUGGCUUACAGAGCCGCCAGAGUGACCCAAUAUCCCUAUUACUAACCAAAAUAUGUUUGAAAUACCAAUAAAAAAACAGCAGAGACCCCUCAGGUGAGCAUAUUCCUGAAAGAGCAGAUAUACAUGUGUUGGUUUGAAACAGUACCUGUUAUGGAAAGUUCGCUGACUUUUAAGUUACUGUUUGCUACGUUUCCUUUUCUCUACAUUAUCUACUAUGCUAAUUAGUUAUUUGCAUAGUUAUACAAAUUAUUUGAUGUAUAUUUUGUUUCUAUAAUUUGACCCAGAUGUCAUCCAGAAAGGCUCAAUGGCCUGUAGGCUGAUGCUACACUGUAGGGGGUCCAGUGACCUGAGUGUUUUGGCUUUACUUUUAGGAAGCUGCAAAAUCAACCAACUUUGUUGUACAGUCAGUGGUCUGAAGGCUAAAUUAGCAGCUGAAACCUUUAUGAAUUAGCGUAGCUCAGCUUAGUUUAGCUUAAUUUAACUUAGCUUAGUUUAGCGUAGCUUAGCUUGGGUUAGCUUAGCUUAGCUUAGUUUAUCCUAGUGCGAGGGCUGAAAUCAGUUAUCUUGGCUCUUUAAAGACAGUCUAUAUAACACAGUAAAUUAUGUUUCCUGAAACCUUAAAGCUCCCUUUGUCUGCUUCUGCAGACAAAGCAGUCUUAGCUUAUUUUGUCUUCUACAUGCUGAAGUAGUGACUUGAAAAAAUCUCUCCUAGUCACUUUUGAAGGUCAAAUGCAUCAUUAUGAACAUUUUAUGUUUGCUUUCGAAUGCCAUGAGGAGACAUGAGUAUGAAUUUCAGUCUAUUUCAUGAACAUCAACAAAAAAUAUCUUCAUAGGAGCUUUAAAAAAGAGAUUCCCCUUUGAGUAGGGCCAGGGCAGCUUUUUCGAUUUAUCUCCAGUUUUUCUGCUAGGCUUGGCUAAAGGACUCCAUCGAGAAUGGUACCAGUUUCAUCAUAAAAAUCUGAACAGAUUGAUUUUGUUAGCCCUGUACCUUAACCUUGACUGACCAAGGUUCUGCAAACUACAAGACCUUACAGAGAACUGAACUUUAUGUUUUCGGCAGACUUACUCUCUUUUUGACAUAUUCUCAAAAAAAAAAAAAAACAAUGUGACAGAGUGUCACUGAUGCUUCAUAUCUUAACUGAGGUUUUAAGGUUGCUCGAACCCUCAUCAUAAAAGGUCAUAUGUUAUAAGUGGAAAUAUUCUGUGUGCUAUCUUUAAUUUUUGGCCUGCAGCUGGCUUCAGCUGUUUGUAAGGACGUUGUGACCACGCGGGUUGUCUCCUGACUGCUUAAUUGCUUGACUGAUCACUCUCACUGGCAUGUGCAUGCUCUGCUUUAAAUCCUCUCAGAGUGAUUUUUAACCUCUUCUUAAUCACUUCUUCACACCACACUCCAGUGAUCAUUAUUUAUUCACUUUAUUCCGUUUUGCCUCCCCCCUCUCUCCCUCUCUCUCUCUCUCUCUCUCACUGUGGUUCCCAUCGUGUCCUCUCCUCCUCAUCUCCUUUUCUCGUACACUGACUCCCACUCCUGUCUGUCUCUGUCAUUCCUUGUCACUUUCAUUUCCUCCCCUUCAUCACAUCUCUCCUGUCAUCCCUCAUUGUCUGUCUCACCCCGUCGUUUCCCUCUUGUUUCUCCCCCCCUCUGUUUUCUGUGUCAGUAGAACCCUUACGGUUACACAGAUAUUCUGACUGUUGGCUGUGCCGUAGGGGUGGGAUGCUGUUUCGGCACUCCUUUAGGAGGUACUGUACAACUUGCAUGCUCACCUCACAUGACAAGAAUCUUAGAAUCCCUUAACUCAAGCAGUGAUUGCACAAGCAUGAUAAAGAAAGCGAGUCAAGACAAAAUAGUGCCCUCUGUUUCACUUAAUAUGAUUACAAUAUCUUUAGUAUGAUCAAAUAUGAUUUGGCGUUUUGAUUAAGAACUGGCUCUGAUUGGCUUAAAUUUAAAGCAUUCACGUGUAAAAUGAAAUGUCAAAAUCACAACUUAUUCAUCAGUCUUGUUUACUCGCUUCACAUUGAUGCAGCAAUUUCUAGCUGCAGUGGUUGAAUAUGCAAGAUAUCAAAAAUCUACACACAUGAAACCUGUCAAUCAGAGAUUAAACAGACCUAAGUUCACCGCAUUUCAACCUGAGGUCACUCAAAGUUACUCUUUACAAUAACAUCCACUUAUUUUGUUUAAAAAAAGAGGGCGUUCAGUAGAAAAAAAUAAUUUCAUUCUUCUUGAAAGUGGGUUGAACUCUGGAAACUGGACUGAUAGUGGGGCGUUAAGAUAUUUGAACGGGUCAACUUUUCCUGCGGAAAGUUGUAAAAGGCUUAUUUCAGUCUUUACUCAUAUAUUAUUGACCAGGUGGGAAGAAAGUUUUAUGGACGAGGAAACUAUAACACAACACAACACAGAAUAAAAGGAGCGACUCCAUCUGUGAUUUCUGAUAUUUCAAAAACAAGUUUGAUAGUCCUGGAGUUUAGUUAUAUUUCAGAUUAAGACCAGGUAACUGGAACCUUUUGUCUAAAUCAAGAGCCACAUGUACAGUUAUGAAAAAGCAGAUAAAUAUAAACCCACUGGUAACCUCCAUAUUUGGUAAACAUUUAUACCUGUUUGUGAGUUUGUGUGUAUUUUACAGGCUGUGUGAGUAGGUGUUUAGUAGUGUAAUAUGUGUGUAGACACACUCUGGCUCUCAAAUUAUGUGUAAUUAUACCCUUAACUUCAAGUGACUUUGGAAUUAUUUUAACUAAUCUUAAUCUCUCUCUCUCUGUCUCUCUCUCUGUCUCUCUCUCUCUCUCUCUCUCUUUCUGUCUCUCGCUCUCUCUCUCUGUUUUCUCCAUUUUCUUUCACUCUCCUCUUUUCCUCUGCCCUUCUUCUCUUUCACACCGUCCAUCCUCAUUUGACUGUCUUGUUUAAUCCCUACUCUGUUCUCUCUCUCUCUCUCUCUCUCUCUCUCUCUCUCUCUCUCUCUCUCUCCCUCUCUCUCUCUUUCUCUCUCUCCCUCCACUAGGAGUGUUGUUCAGUAUUGAGGUCACGUCUACCUACUUUGCAGUGAGGAAUUACUGGCGAGGAUAUUUUGCCGCCACGUUCAGCGCCUUCAUAUUUAGGGUGCUCUCUGUUUGGAACAAGGAUGCUGGUGAGAGGCAGAGCACACACACACACACACACACACACACACACACACACACACACACAAACACACACACACACACACACACUGUUGUUAAAGACUUGCUGAGCUGUCAUUUUAUGGAAGGAGUUGAAUAAGAUGGCUAAGUAACAAUUGCUGCUUGAGAUAAACCAGAAAAUUUUCAAGUCAAAACGUCCAAUUCAUCCCAUCAUACUCAUCAUGUAUCACAGAGGCUUCUUGUCCUUGACGGCCACUGUCUCUUCACUGGCUGGAGGGGUGAGGAGAGGAGCAUUUCAAUUAAGAGUUUGACCUCUGGAUAUUGCUAAAAAUUCCUGUUUCUACACACUGUGUGACCCCAAUUAUAUGACAACAUUACAUUGUUAGUCUCAACUUCCAUUCAUCCAUCAUCUAUACUGCUCAACCCAUUGGGGGAUACCUGUCCCAGUCGCUAUCACAGGGCUUAUGUAGAGAUGCUUAUUGGCGAUCUAGUGAGACCAAAUCAUUUCAUUUUGACCGUGAAGAGAUCAAAUGUGUAGAGAACCAACCAAAAAGCAUGCAAACUGUCCUCAGGUGGGGAUUUGGACCUGGAUUAUUCACUGGACCUGUGCAGCUCUGUAUAAACUCAUCCAGGGAAAUGUCAGUGUCAGUCUAGUGCUUAGAGCUUGAAUCUGCAACCUCAGUUGUAGAAAUACAGAUUUUUGCAUUUAAAGUAACACAAAACAUUUUUAAAAUGGUUUAAUCUCUGUUUAUCUUGUUUAAAUUACUUUGAUAACACUUUACAACAACUGUAAUUUAUAAAUGGUAAAUAGAAAGUUUAUUAAUGUUUAAUCAUCAUUUAAAAACAGCAUAUAGACUAAUUAUAAAUGGCAAAUAAAUAGUUUAUUAAUGUAAAUUAAUAGUUACUUUACCACUAACAAACAAUGAAAUUAUGAUUAAUAAUUUUCAUUAAUUAUUAAUGGACUAUUUAUUAAAGGUUUAUAUAGGGUUUAAAUAUUGGUUGUAAAACAUCUAGAUUAAAAUGUGUGUCAGUAGCACUUUGUAGAUGGUUAAUAUUUAGUUUUUAAACCAUCUUUAAACAUUACUUAGAUGUUUAUUGUAAAGUUAUGUUUAGGUUUUUAAAAUUGUAAAAUUUAUAAUUUAUUAAUGGUCUGUAUACUAUCUAUAAAUGAUGAUUAAACAUUAAUAAACUAUCUGCUCACCAUGUAUAAAUGGUCUGUUUACCAUCUCUAAGUUAUGGUUAUUGUAAAGUGUUACCGUUACCUUUUAUUUUUUUAUAUUGCAAAUAUAGUUCCAUAUGAGUAUGCUAUUUUCAUACAUCCAUUAUCUGUACGGGUUGGACCCCCUUUUGCCUUCAGAACUGCCUCAAUUCUUCGUGGCAUAGAUUCAACAAGGUGCUGGAAGCAUUCCUCAGAGAGCUUGGUCCAUAUUGACAUGAUGGCAUCACACAGUUGCCGCAGAUUUGUUGGCUGCACAUCCAUGAUGCGAAUCUCCCGUUCCACCACAUCCCAAAGAUGCUCUAUUGGAUUGAGAUCUGGUGACUGUGGAGGCCAUUUGAGUACAGUGAACUCAUUGUCAUGUUCAAGAAACCAGUCUGAGAUGAUUCCAGCUUUAUGACAUGGCGCAUUAUCCUGCUGAAAGUAGCCAUCAGAAGUUGGGUACAUUGUGGUCAUAAAGGGAUGGACAUGGUCAGCAACAAUACUCAGGUAGGCUGUGGUGUUGCAACGAUGCUCAAUUGGUACCAAGGGGCCCAAAGAGUGCCAAGAAAAUAUUCCCCACACCAUGACACCACCACCACCAGCCUGAACGUUGAUACAAGGCAGGAUGGAUCCAUGCUUUCAUGUUGUUGACGCCAAAAUCUGACCCUACCAUCCAAAUGUCGCAGCAGAAAUCGAGACUCAUCAGACCAGGCAACGUUUUUCCAAUCUUCUAUUGUCCAAUUUCGAUGAGCUUGUGCAAAUUGUAGCCUCAGUUUCCUGUUCUUAGCUGAAAGGAGUGGCACCCGGCGGGGUCUUUUGCUGCUGUAGCCCAUCUGCCUCAAAGUUCGACGUACUGUGCGUUCAGAGAUGCUCUUCUGCCUACCUUGGUUGUAACAGGUGGUUAUUUGAGUCACUGUUGCCUUUCUAUCAGCUCGAACCAGUCUGGCCAUUCUCCUCUGACCUCUGGCAUCAACAAGGCAUUUCCGCCCACAGAACUGCCGCUCACUGGAUAUUUUUUCUUUUUCGGACCAUUCUCAAUUUCUCUGUAAACCCUAGAGAUGGUUGUGCGUGAAAAUCCCAGUAGAUCAGCAGUUUCUGAAAUACUCAGACCAGCCCUUCUGGCACCAACAACCAUGCCAUGUUCAAAGUCACUCAAAUCACCUUUCCUCCCCAUACUGAUGCUCGGUUUGAACUGCAGGAGAUUGUCUUGACCAUGUCUACGUGCCUAAAUGCACUAAGUUGCCGCCAUGUGAUUGGCUGAUUAGAAAUUAAGUGUUAACGAGCAGUUGGACAGGUGUACCUAAUAAAGUGGCCGGUGAGUGUAGUUCCAUAUGAGUAUGCUAUUUUCAUAAAUCCAUUAUCUGUACGUUAGCCCUGUGAUAUGCUAGCAACUUGUCCAGGGUUUACUUUGCCUCUCGCCCAAUGACUGCUGGAUUAGGGGGUAGUUGAUUUUAGUAGGUAGAAAUGAAACAAAACACCUCAAGCUUGAGACAAUUAGUACAAAAAUAAGACACUGAAAUGAAACUUUUUGUUCUAAAUUUCAUUUAUCUUUCUCUGACUUUCAGUCACCAUCACAGCUCUUUUUAAAACUAACUUCAGGAUGGAUUUCCCCUUCGACCUGCAGGAGCUGCCUGCAUUUGCAAUAAUCGGGUGAGAAUAUUAUAACACAAAAACUUGCAUGCCAGUGUUCAUGUGUGUGCUAAUGUCUUCACUUUCCAUUUUUAUACGCCAUUGAGGUUUCGAGUACAUGCCAUGUCUGCACAAACUCCUUGUCCUUGUGCAGGUUAAAUAGUAAAAUAAGUUUUUCCAUAAUGUUUCAGGAUCUCCUGUGGCUUCCUGGGGGCAUUUUUUGUCUACCUGAACAGACAGGUGGUGCUCUUCAUGAGACGGCCGACAGCGCUCACACGCUUCCUAACCAAACAGUGAGACCCCGGCACACUCACAUGACCGUAUGCUCCCUACUGUCGCGGAUUAAUGUGGCGCUGCGCUCUCAAACUACAGUGAUUCUGGUUGUGAACGCUGUUCCAAGACACUAAAACCAUUUGUGCAUUCAAACUCAAUUCCUCUUAAUGUGUCUCAGCUCCACUCUCCCAACUCAUCAGUCUCACAACACUGGCCCGGACAGCAGCAAAGCCUUAACAACCUUUCAGCCAGUUAUUCACUCAAUGUGGAGAUUCACUUAUCCUCUGAGACUGAGCAGUCAGGGAACAUUAGCCUCCACCAUUAGAGAGAAGAGCAGCAGCAGGAGAGCCAUGCAAUCAGCGCUGCUACACACUUGUACUGACACUGUUAUUUCUGUUACAACCGCUGCUUGUUAUGCCAUGUUGUGGGUUUCUGAGAGUACACUAGGCUUUCUAUAAAUGGCUUUGUGUUUCUGUGUGUGUGUGUGUGCCCAGUCGAUUGAUCUAUCCCGGUGCUGUAACACUGAUCAUCGCCACUCUCACCUUCCCCCCUGGAUUUGGACAGUUUAUGGCUGGAGAGGUAAGUCUGAAUCGAUCUCAUGCUCUCCAACUUCUUUUUGAUGUGUGAUCAUAAAUAUUUAUGAUAUUCCAGAAAAAGGAGGUCAGUGGGGUUUGCACUGCGGGGGUUGUCAUGUUAUGCUGUGUAAGAAAGGCCUCAAGUAUUUGAAUUUUAUAAGCAACUUUGAAGGAAACUCCAUCAUUUUACACAUCAAAGUAUGUUUAUAAGUCUCGGGAAUGCUGAGAUGUGUAAGAAAUGUUGUAUAAAAUCUUUUUAGCUAUUUGAAGACUAAAAAAAGCCGAAAAAGAUAUCGUUCAAGUAGAUGGAGGGGAAAACUGCCAGUUUGGAUAAUGGAGAAAUUGUCGACUACUUCAUCUACUCAAAGGGAUAUUCGGGCGUAAAAUUAAGUUAGGGUCAAACACACCGUAACACUGAGUUGGACACCCCAUCGAAAGAUGAAUAUUUCUGACUGCUUGCUUCUCUAGUUAUACCAACUUUAGUAACAGCCGCAGAUAGAGAUACACAGAGUCACAUGCUCAACCAAAACACCAGUCUAUAGCCACAAAUAAUGCUCAGAACAGCACCUAACUUUAUCAACAGCACAUAUAGGGUCCCAGCCAUAGUACUAGUCACCAAACAUCUUUUUAACUUUGCCUAAUUUCCUUCGCAAAGAGACUAAAAACAACUCACCCACUCUCUUCCAGCAGCCGCUUGUUUGUAUGGAGUCCAUCUAAUGCACCGUAUUUAUCAUUUUGCCCUGCAGACGCUGUAGAUGUUCUGCCUUAAUGUCUUGAUCUGAUUGCAUUUCCAUGAAGAGAUGAUCAUAAAUGUUCUUCCUUGAGCUGCGUCAACCCGCUGCAGUCCGUAAUGGACUCACCCGGAGGUCUUCGUACGAACAAGCGGCUGCUGGAGGAGAUAGAUCGAGUUGUGUUUAGUCGCUUUGCUAAAGAAAUCCGGUGAAGUUAGGUGCUGUUCUUCUGGGUAUUAUUGGUGGCUAUAGAGUGGCUUUUUGAUUGAGCGCGUGGCUCUCUGUAUUGCUAUCUGCAGUCAUUACAAAAGUUGGUAUAACUAGAGAAGCAAGCAGUCCGCAACAUUAAUCUCUCGAGGGGGUGUCUAACUCGGUGUUGCGGUGUGUUUAACCCUAACUUAAUUUUACGUAGCAGGACAAAGCACUUUUAGCACAAUCAUAAAAGACAAGACACUCUGUUUAAACAAUAUUGUGCAAUAAAACCCUUGCACUGCACUUUUGUGUAUUUUCCAGUUGAUGCCCAGGGAGUGCAUCAACUCCUUGUUUGAUAAUUUCACCUGGACCAAAAUCUCCGGAUCCCCUCUCCCACCGGGCCUGGGUCGCUCAUCCGCAUGGCUCCAUCCUCAAGUCAGCGUCUUCAUCAUCCUUGUCCUCUUCUUCAUCAUGAAGGUAUCCCUCCCAACGUCUGUGUGAAGCAGAUGUUGCUUUGACAUACUGUACGUGUUACAGCAGAAAUAAAACUCUGUCUUUUUCCCACCUUGAGUCUAUUUUUUUGUGUCGCAGUUUUGGAUGUCAGCAGUUUCCACCACGAUGCCCAUCCCCUCCGGCGCCUUUAUGCCAGUGUUCAUUCUUGGUAAGAGGAUUUUAUAAUGCAAGCGCAGUUUCUCCUGCUGAGCUUUAGUUCAUUUUUUUCUCAACCAGCAUGUUUUAUCUCUCUCUCAAAGGAGCUGCGUUCGGUCGUCUCGUGGGGGAGAUCAUGGCCACUCUUUUCCCAAAUGGAAUCCUGUUUGAUGGGAUUGUUUACCGAAUCUUACCAGGAGGUUACGCUGUCAUUGGUCAGUCUGAUCACCACAGAGCUAUGCUUUUGUUACUCAACGCUUUGAUACUUACUGAAGAGACUAUACCACACUGUACUUCCUACCAGGUGCAGCAGCGAUGACGGGAGCCGUCACACACACAGUUUCCACAGCAGUUAUCUGCUUCGAGCUGACGGGUCAAAUCUCUCACAUCCUUCCUAUGAUGGUGGCGGUCAUCCUGGCUAACAUGGUGGCCCAGGGUCUGCAGCCCUCUCUCUACGACUCCAUCAUCCAGGUCAAGAAGCUGCCCUACCUGCCUGAGCUGGCCCUCGGGCACAUCAGGUGAAGUUCAGACACUUAAACCCUCGACAUGUGCGUUGAUGUCCUCUGUACAGUUCAAGUGUUUACAGAGUAUCUCCUCUUCUUCAGCAAGUAUAAUAUUUUUGUGGAGGACAUCAUGGUGCGCAAAGUGAAGUUCCUGUCUUCUCAGUCCACCUUUCGAGAGCUGAAUUUUCUGUUAGAGAAUUCAACUCUGAAAACCAUCCCCUUGGUCGACUCUAAGGGUGAGUUGACUUCAUUGGUUCAACGCCCCCACAAACACAAAUUAAAGUUGUGUCCUAAAACUUUGUAUCAGACAAAAUAAGCAAAUCCACAAAUGUUAAACCAUGCCUCUUCUACUCCUCUUUUUGCAGAAUCCAUGAUCCUUCUUGGCUCCAUUGAGAGGACGGAGCUCCAGGCUGUCUUUGACUGGUGGCUGUCUCCGGAGAGGCGAGUCUUUGAGAGGUGUCAAAACUCACCUGGCCAGGGCACCAAAGUCAGCUGGGAGUCUUUCACCUUUGUAGAUGAGGAGGGUGCAGAGGAGGGUGCGGACAAGGUGAAAAAGGAAACUAAAUCAACUCACAGUGAGAACUUUGUAUCUGAAAUGAUAUUUUGCGUGUUUGUGUUGUACCUGCAGACUGUUCCAGUGCAGGAGGAAUGUAAUGGGCCUGUGCCGUCCCCCAAACCUCAGGAGCCCUCCACCAACCACACAAGCUCAGGUAGCAUUUCCUCUGCACAAAAAGAUGACCAAACAAACGUCACUUCUGUUCUGACGUGUGUUUCCAUAUCGUGUCCUCAGACAAGCGUAAGCUGCCGUCUGUCAGGAGGACCCUUCAGAGACUCUUCUCCUCCACGUCUUCUUCAGGACAGACUGAAACUCAGGUAGGAUUAACCUCACAUACGCAUCAGUUCAACCCCAAAAGCUCAAAGCGCAUCACUGAUCUGCUGUCCAGUGACAGCUCAGGCAGGGUCAUUGGUUCAACACAGCUGCUUGAGCCAACUGUGAUCACAUGAUAGGAGAAGUAUGAAUAUGACUCCGUAUCUCCUAAUGGCUUUUUUAAUAUGUCUUUUUGUCCCCCUCUUACUGUAGGAGACCACACCUCCUACGCUGACUGACACCAUGACCCCAGAGGAGGUACUGUACAUUAUUGAUAACACAGCCAACAAUAAGACGAAUCCAACUAAGUCAAUCAAUAAACAGUUAAAAGCUCCACUCUUCUCACUCUGAUUGGCUGUUGCAGAUCAAAGCCUGGGAAGAAGAAGAGCUCAAUAAACCGAUCGAUAUGGAGCAGAUACGUAUAGACCCCUCCCCCUUUCAGCUGGUGGAAAGAACAUCACUGCACAAGGUAACGUCAACCUCACCCGGGGGACAGGUGACAGGUUUCAGAAUGUGAUGAAAUAUGGUGAUUUGUAUGGAUUAGACAAAGAUCCAACAUGCUAUGUCUUUUUUUCUAACUUAAAGGGGCAGUUCAUCAAUUUUUCAAGGAGGUCUGGGGGGCUAAAUCAGGGGGAUGCAAAAGUAGAGUGAAAACUAUGAUUUUAAAGAUAAGGGUGGGGUGGGGUUUAACCAUAGACUGUAUAUACUACGGACAACUUGGUUUCACCUUCUGCCAGUGUACGGAUUUGAAGCCGAGAAGCUCUUGGUAAUUCCAUGACUUUUCUCCAUUUCCUGAAACCAACAUUGCGCAGUAGCAUUGUACACAUUCGGCGGCAGAGUCGCUGUGAUGACACUCGGCUCAAACAGCGUAUCCCCCAGGCAAGUUUCGUACACCCAUAGGCUGUAUCAAGUAUCAAUCAUAGAAAAUAUGAACCCCCUAAUAACUUGGACUUGUGCACAAACCAGUCUUAUAAUAACUAUGUCAACAUCACAAAUGGGGGAGAAAAAAUUAUAUUCUGUGUAAUUAAUUUCUAAAGUUUGUCCACAGUCCCAUAAGCCUUGCUGGAGGAGGCGGGAUUUAUGACCUAUACUGCAGCCCAUCAACAGAAGGUGCUGUUCCUGCUGUGGCUUCGCCCAGUAAGGAGGCAGACGGCGUCCAUUCGAUAUACAGUCUAUGUGUUUAACUAAAAAGUUGCAUCAUGGGACAUGUAGUCUGCAGGACAAAAAAAACAUGCUGUCUGAGAAUUUUGUGUCUUGAGAGUCAUGAAACAUGGACGCAGUCUCAGCUGCAUCACCCACAGGUUUAUAAAGAGGCAUUUUGAAGCCACACGAUGGCAGUCGCUGUAAUGUAAGUGCUGACUCAACCAAACUUUUUGUCAACCUCAGACAAAGAGGUGUGGCCUAACUUCUUCAAUCUUCAAUAACUAUUCAUUUUAAUAUUUUCAAAACAAUUAGUUAUUUUUAAGAAAUCAACCCCUUUACAGUAUAUGAGUAAAGAAAUCAGCUGUUCAAACCAAAACUGGUAUAGACCACGUGUCAUCUUUCUGUAAAAUUGACGCAAUAAUAUGGGUCUUUCGGGUAUUUCCUGGGUUUUUGGAGACAGCCUCUUGUGGACACUUUAGGAACUGCAGCUCUUUGCACUCCUACAUUGACCUCAUUUUUUAGCACCAGAUGCUGCUGCUUGCCCCUGAACUUAUAAGAGUAGAAAUUAAACUCUUUUUUAGUUAAUUGUUUCCAUAAAGAAAGACAGUCAGUGAGACCACAAAACUCCUUUUUUGUAUCUUACCAAACACUGAACUUGUGCCCCCACUAAGCUUGAGAACCUGAAUCUUAACCGACUUGUUGUGAUUCAUGUUAUGCAGCAGAGGAAGAUAUUUCCCUUUUUCUUCUUUGAGAUAUUUCCUAAGCACUGGUGCAGCUGUGCGAGCAGAGUAUUGUCGCACAUUAACCCACUCAACAGUGACUGCAUCAUGUCCUCCUCUGUUUCCCAGACACACACCCUGUUCUCUCUGCUGGGUCUCAGUCACGCCUAUGUCACCAGUAUUGGAAAGCUGGUGGGUGUCGUAGCGCUGAAGGAGGUAAAAUCGCUUCUUUAUUUCACUCCUUUUUUAGUUUCACUGUUGUGUUGAUGCCCUCUCUCUUGGUUGGAUUUUUAAUGCAGCAUGACAGUGAGAUGUGAUGAUCUCAGUUGUUCUCUCACUGGGUGCAUCAUGCUCUGAUUCAUGUAGUUAUUCCAUCAACCGCCCACAGCUCUUCCCUACAAUGGCACUUCAACACGGUUUUUUGCUUUUUCUGAUGUCUCAGCGUGCAUAUCAAUCCUUGUCCCUCUUUUUUCCACAGUUACAGAAAGCCAUAGAGGGCUCCACGCGCAGCGGGGUGAGACUUCGACCCCCUCUGGCUAGCUUCAGGGAUGCCAGCAGGAAAGCCAAAAAGCACCAGCUUCCCUCUUCCACCCCUUCCUCCCCCACACGGGACAGGGACCUGUGGGGGGAGGGGAGCCUGAGGGAAGGGGAGCUGGCAAAGAUGGAGUCCAAGGAGGAUUUCCAAGGGACUGCACCGUCUUCCAGGGGUGACUCUGCUCCUCCCUCGCCCAGCAGCAUAGAGCGUGGCUCUGCAAAUCCAACAAGAGGAGCUGAGACUGCUUCAGAGCAGCCUGCGUCCCCUUCUACUUCCUCCCCUACCUCACCUUCACCUCCUGCCUCUCCUGUGUCACCCACCAGCCCUGUGCUCACUCUUUCCUCCCUGCAGGAGGAUAGGGAGAGUGAGGAGUCCGAUGAACCCAUAUAG